UUACAUCAAGCUGGGUGGCAGGCAGAUCCAAAGGAUAUCAUGAAGUUUCCAGGACCUUUGGAAAACCAGAGAUUGUCUUUCUUAUUGGAAAAGGCAAUCUCUAGGGAAGCCCAGAUGUGGAAAGUAAAUGUGCCGAAAAUGCCUACAAAUCAGAGUGUUUCUCCAUCCCAGAGAGAUGAAGUAAUUCAGUGGCUGGCCAAACUCAAGUACCAAUUCAACCUUUACCCAGAAACAUUUGCUCUGGCUAGCAGUCUUUUGGACAGGUUUUUAGCUACUGUAAAGGCCCACCCAAAAUACUUGAGUUGUAUUGCAAUUAGCUGCUUUUUCCUAGCUGCCAAGACUGUUGAAGAGGAUGAGAAAAUUCCAGUACUGAAAGUAUUGGCAAGAGACAGUUUCUGUGGAUGCUCCUCUUCUGAAAUUUUGAGAAUGGAGAGAAUUAUUUUGGAUAAGUUGAAUUGGGAUCUUCACACAGCAACACCAUUGGAUUUUCUUCACAUCUUCCACGCCAUUGCAGUGUCAACUAGGCCUCAGUUACUUUUCAGUUUGCCCAAAUUGAGCCCAUCUCAACAUUUGGCAGUCCUUACCAAACAGCUACUUCACUGUAUGGCCUGCAACCAACUUCUGCAAUUCAAAGGAUCCAUGCUUGCUCUGGCCAUGGUUAGCUUGGAAAUGGAGAAACUCAUUCCUGAUUGGCUUCCUCUUACAAUUGAACUGCUCCAGAAAGCACAGAUGGAUAGCUCCCAGUUGAUCCACUGUCGGGAGCUGGUGGCACAUCACCUUUCUGCUCUGCAGUCUUCCUUGCCUCUAAAUUCCGUUUAUGUCUACCGCCCCCUCAAGCACACCCUGGUGACCUGUGACAAAGGAGCGUUCAGAUUACAUCCCUCCUUUGUCUCAGGCCCAGAUUUCUCCAAGGACAACAGCAAGCCAGAAGUGCCAGUCAGAGGUUCGGCAGCUUUCUACCCUCAUCUCCCAGCUGCCAGUGGGUGCAAGCACACCUCUGCUAAACGCAAAGUGGAGGAAAUGGAAGUGGAUGACUUCUAUGAUGGAAUCAAGCGACUCUAUAAUGAAGAUAAUGCUGCCGAAAAUGUGGCUUCUGUGUGUAGCACUGAUUUAUCAAGACAAGAGGGACAUGCUUCCCCUUGUCCACCUUUGCAGCCUGUUUCUGUCAUGUAGUUGCAACAUGUGUUACCUUCUAGUGCAAACUAAGGUUGGCUACUUUGGGAACAACCUGUAAAACUAGGAAAAGCUAUGGAGGGAUAUAUACUUUGUCAGGCUGAUUUGAAUUGAGUCAGGAAAAAAAAAAUAACAUUUACUUGUGCAUUUAAUUAUAAUUCUGCAUUGUUUAAAGGCCAAAAACAUUUUUAAAAGGUAAAUUUCUUUGUCACUUCUCUUUUCUUUGCUAAAAUGUAGCUUGCCCCAUAUCAAGAAAUUACAGUAUUUGGAAAAAAAA